GAUGUCGAGUAGGAGGAGUGUCGGGGACCCGGAGUAUUUAACCAGGCGCAUCCCUCAGAAUCCCAGAUACCAACAUAUAAAAACCCGCCUCGAUACUGGAAACAGUUUAACAAAAUACACUGAGAAGUUGGAAGAGAUCAAAAGAAAUUACAGAUAUAAAAAGGAUGAACUGUUUAAAAGACUGAAAGUGACUACUUUUGCACAGUUGGUCAUCCAGGUUGCCUCUCUAUCUGAUGAAACCUUAGAAGUGACAAAUGAGGAGAUCCACAAGCUGGAAGAUGGUGAUUCUGCUGCUCCAGAUGCAGAUGCUGAAGUCACAGCAGGGACAAACGGGAAAGGAAGCCCCGAUGGGACACCUAGUCCGGUCCUGUUCAUAAACAACACAGGAGCUGGGGAAUCCUAUCGGUCCACGCUGCAAAGUGUGAUAAGUGGCGUUGGUGAACUGGAUAUAGAAAAGGACGCUCCAAAGAAAGUGGACGCUCCAGCUAAAGACAUGCCUUAUCCCGACUGCCCCUUCCUGCUUUUAGACGUACGAGACCGAGAUGCGUACGACCAAUGUCACAUUGUUGGAGCUUAUUCCUACCCUAUUGCAACACUGUCUAGAACCAUGAACCCAUAUACAAAUAGUAUUCUGGAAUAUAAAAACGCACACGGAAAAAUUAUCAUUUUGUAUGACAAUGAUGAGAGGUUAGCCAGCCAGGCUGCGACAACCAUGUGCGAGAGGGGCUUUGAGAACUUGUUUAUGUUAUCUGGAGGCCUGAAGGUCCUUGCACAGAAGAUCCCAGAAGGUCUGAUCACCGGCUCGCUCCCCAUGUCCUGCCAGGUGGCAACUCCCACUGGAUCUGCCCGAAAAAAGACCUCUCCCAAAGUGCCACCCGCACAUGCCGAGAAUAAAUGGAGAUUUUCUGCAGAUGAUCUACAAAAGAUAAAGUACUACCUAGAAGAGGAGCACAUUCCUUCCGACACUGCCAGCCGGCUUAGCCGUGGUUCUUCAGGCCGCGAUUCCAAGGUGACAACCGUGAGGAGCAGCCCCAGUCUCCCCAGCACCGCUGGCAACGUGGGAUCCCUCACCGCCCGCUCGCUCAGCAGGAGCAGCCUCCAGAACAGGCCAUGGAAAUAAGCAGCGGUGUCUUCUUCCACUGAAUAAAUGAAUGUCCAGGUUCUGGGAACCCUGAGCGGUGCAGCCCGUUUGUCGUUUUAGGAAUCUGCAGAGAAAAGCAGCAGUGGUAUAUACAUGGCAGCUCGGGUAAGGCUGGGGGAGCUGGAAUGGUUGGUGUUUCAUAGAAGCAGGAACGGUAUCGCUUUGGCAAGGCUGACCUUUUAGGUACAGUGUCAGGACAGAGUUGAUAUAACUGAUUUUGUAGGGGAGGGAGGAAACUGGUAGUAAAGCCUGUGACCAGUAGAAACAGUUCUGCGAAGCUUGUAGUUCAGAUGAAUGAAUUUGUGUCUGUAACGUACUCCUUCUGUGCUGCGCCUGGAACCGCAGACUGUGCGAACAGGAGAACACGUGUGAGGGUAAAUGGGCCAGAAAUCAUCUGUGAGCAAAAACUUCGGUGUUUUGUAGCAGAGAUACAGACAUUCAGCAACUUGCCAAAAUGUUGGAGAGAGGAUUCCAUGAGGUUUGGGGGUUUUUUUAAAUUUUAUAUUAAUGAACAGAAGUAUUUGUAAUAAAGAUGUUUUUGGAAAUAACGCCCAGCGUGGCACUGUAACCUGAGAGUCAUGUUUGCUCGUGGACAGUUUGUGAAACAGUUCUGUAUUUUUAAAGGUGAGCUGGAGGAGAAAAUAACUUGUGUUUUCAGUCUUUUCUCCCUUGUUGUCUGGAAGGUGUGACUUCUAACUGUGCUUUUUCUGCUUUGUUCCUUGCCGUGGUUACAGAGAGCUACUGUGUGGUGAUUUUGGUUCUAAAUGAGAUUAAAUGAGACAGUAAGGCUGCCAGAUGUGCUGAGCAGGGUUUUAGCUGACAUAUCUUAGGGCAAAAUCAUCUGCCGUGCCCCUCUUCUUGGUGUGCAGGCAGAGUGUCUCCUUAGUUCCACUGUGCACCGGUGGUUUGCUCCUUUUCUGUCUUGCCAGAGCAGAUUGCUGGUCACUGGAGCUGCAGAAAGCGACGACGUACGUGGAGGAGCCAGUUCGCUCUUCUGCUG